AAUAAACGAAAUUUUCAUAAACAGGGCAGUUAUUUGAUCCUACAGAAAUAUCAAUGCAAGAAGGUGCCACUACUGCGCCACCACUUUUGACAGAGGCUGAUUUGAUAGCUUUGAUGGAAAAACAUGGCAUUGGAACUGAUGCAACUCAUGCUGAACAUAUAAACACAAUUAAAGAAAGAGGAUACAUCGGAGUGGUUGACAAAGGUUGUCUCGUACCGGGUAUUAUAGGAAUGGGUCUAUAUGAGGGCUAUGAUGCAAUGGAUCUGGCUUUAGCCAAACCCAUGUUGAGGGCAGCAUUUGAGUCGGAUUUAAAAGAUAUUAGCACUGGAAAAAAAAAUCCUAAGACGGUACUGAAUGAACAAAUUCAAAAGUAUUUGGAAGCGUACAAGCAAAUUACAGAAAAGGUCACCGCCAUGGAUAAUAAAAUGUCUUUACGAAUAAAUGAAACUCCUGCGACAAACGAAAGCCAGAGGAGCGAUGGGGGUAAUAUAACAAGAGAACUAUUUCAAUGUCCAAAAUGUUCAGUAGCUCCGUUAUCGUUGCGGCAGAAAAAAAACCAAAACAGCUAUUAUAUAGGCUGCAUGAAUUUUCCUGAUUGUAAGAACACCAUUUGGCUAUCAGAAGAGUGCUUAGAGCCAAAAGUUUUAUCGGAAACUUGCCAGCGUUGUGGACCGAAUGUAAAAUUAAUUAAAUUAAAAUUCGCGUCUAUGUACUACAAAACCUUGUUUAAAACACCUUCUGGCUGGUACAAAACAUGCUUCCGCUGUGACCAACAGUUUCAAGAUAAUUUCAAUAUUAAUCUUGAUCAAGUAAAGCGAACUGGUGGAAUUGUUGGAACUGCCACCCAAGAUUCAAAUACUAUUACGGCUGGUGUUGCUUUAUCCGCCGCUUUUAGAAAUAGUGAAACCAUUAGAGGGUCAGAAUGUCCGAGAAAUAUAAACGAAAAUCGAAAUAUGAGCAAAUCAAAAUCAAAUACUGAAACCAAACAGCUGCCACUUAAGAAGAAAACUAAAAGCACAACCCAAAGCGUUCGAACGUACUUCACAGUCGCAAGUGAACAAACAUUAAUUGAUCAGUCUUCAGUUCCUAUGGAUAUUGAAAGUUCGGUAGUUCCCGACUUGACAUUGGAUAAUUUUUUCAAUGACGGUUUCGAUGAAGUUAUGUGUGCAGUUGAUAUACAAACCGAAACCGCCACAAAUACAACCAAUAUUCCUGCACGAAAUGCAAUCAACGAGAGAGCUUCUGUCGGUUCUGAUUCAUUUAGAUCUAUAAAUAAGUGUACCUCUGGAUCUGUAAAAAGUACGAAUUCUAAUUUCGAUGAGUGCUUUCCGGACUUAAACGAUUUUAUCUGGGGUACUUCUGGACACAAAAUACGAUCUCUUAACGGCAAUGAAUAUAAAAGUAGCCAGAAUUUGCAAAGUAAAAAUCAAGACGUCAGGACGCGAUUAUCAAAAACUGACCAAUAUAACUGGGAUAAUAAAACACAACAUAAUGUUGCACCAACCACGAAUAUUCAAUGCUGUGGGUGUCAUCAGAAGGCUAAACAACAUGACAGAAUCUCUGUUUCAGGAUUUUCAAAACAAAAACAGCGUAAUCUCAGCAAUAAAAAAGUGUCGUCAUCUGAUGACCUACCAAACGAUAUUCAUGGCCAAAUAAAAAGCGAUUUCAAGAAAUGUGACUAGGUUUCCUUACAAAUGGAUGAGUCGACCGAUGUUUCAGACUCUCCGCACUUAUUAGUGUUCACCAGAGUGGUAUUUUCUGAUUUUUCUGCUAAGGAGGCACUUUUAGUCAAUCUGACUUUGGAAGGUCGUACUCGUGGACAAGAUAUAUAUAUAUAUAACGUAGUGAAAAAGAAGGAAAAUCUGAUUGCAAAAACACUCAACCUUGACAAUGGUAUGAGCACGAUCAUUCGUAUGGUGAAGUGAUUUUAAGAAGUUAUCUGAAAAUAUGAAGAUUCAAGCAUCAUAUUAAGUUUAGUGGGCAUGUGCUGCGAGUCGUACGAUUUGAAAUCGGUGCGAUUUGCAAACUAUUUUUGAUUAUUUUUAGGGAAAGUAAUAAAUAUUUCAAAUGAAAACGGCGAGAAACACAUAACUUACGUCAUAUCUAUCGAUUCAGGCCAAAUUUUGCCGUUUUGUUAAUCAAUCUCCGAAGAAGGUUUUGCAGAUCGCAUCGAUCUCAAAUCGUACGAAUUGCAGCACAUAUGUUUACAAUAAAAUGAAUGUUCUUCAUUAAAAUAUUAUGCGCUGUUAUUAAUUUAACUUAACUGUAUAAACUUUAAUAAUAAAUAAAUAUUUUAAAAGGAUCAGUUAGUAGAAUAUAUACAUUGAAUAUAAGAAGAGUGAAACGAGUUAACGCAGUUAAGAUUGAAGUUAAGCUAGGGGUGCCCGCGUAUUAUAGCGAUAGUUUCAAAGUAGCCCUUUGUCCAAGUUCUGUUGGACACCACUGAUUAUAAAGAUAAACUACCUAUUUUACUCGCAGUCGACGCAUCCAGAUUGGGUAUUGGUGCGGUGUUAUCCCAUUGUUUCGCUAAUGGUUCGGGAAAACCAAUCGCGUACGCAUCAAAUACACUUAACAGCAGUCAAACAAAUUAUUCGCAGAUAGAAAAAGAGGCAUUGGCUAUAAUAUACGGCAUGACCAAAUUUCACCAGUAUCUCUACGGAAGACAGUUCGAGCUGGUCACAGAUCAUCAAGCGCUUACCGCGUUGUUUCACCCGUCUAAAAGGUUACCGGUGAUGGCAUUACACCUUGUACAAUGUUGGGCUAUUACACUUCAGGCAUAAUGUCAUCCCAAAACGCGAAUGCUGAUGCGCUCCCACGUAUGCCACCGGGUGAAGAUCCUGCUUUUCACGAGGAGGAGAACAGCUUGUUUAGGAUUGAUGUAAAAGACCAAGCCGUGGUAAUCCAAUUUUCAAUAAAUGAACAACUUAUUAAACAAAAACCAGAAGCCGAUGAAAAUAUGUAUUUUAGGGCUGGCCUCAACGUUCGCUUGAGACAAAUCUUGAGCCGUAUUUUAAUCGAAACCUUUAUUUAUCAAUACAGAAUGGGGUGUUAUUGCUACAUACCGAAUACAUAAGAGUAAUAAUACCUAAAAAAACUUCAAAGCAGGGUAUUGACGAUGCUCCAUGAUGGACUACGUCUGGUUUCCCGGUAUCGAACAAAAUUUUUUUGGAAUAUACGACAACUGCUCCAUCUGUCAAGCGACUGCUGCACUUCCAAAGUGCGAUUUUUUCUCCUUGGCCGGAAGCCACACAUCCAUGGGAGCGAAUACAUUUGACUUCGCGGGCCAUUUUAUAAUCAUAUGUGGUUGAUUAUUGUAGAUUCCUAUUUAGAGUUUCCGAAUGUUGUUGAGUUAUAUGCAGCUACUACACCAACGACAAUAGCAGCACUCCAGCGAAUCAUAUCCGUCGAAGGGCUUCCGUGCACCAUUGUAACAUAUAAUGUAACGCAAUUUACCUCCCAAGACUUUCAACAGUUUUGCAAACGAAAUUCUAUUCAACACCUAACAACUGCACCAUUUCAUCUUGCCUCCAACGGGUUAGCAGAAAGGUUCGUACGGAGUUUUAAAGAAGCUUUUACGAAAAUUAUAAAGACAGAGCACCACACCGAGCGUGCUUUGUACAAAUAUUUUGCCACGUACCGAACCACACCUAACCCCGUACUCGGUCAAUAACCGGCAGAGCUAC